UGGCUAAUAGUUUUGGUCAAUAUGGAUUUUUCUGACAGUAGUGGAGUGGACAGCGCGGUGCGGAGAGAACGACCGGUGUCCAGAAGGGGAUUUCGAGAAUAUAGUAAUAGUAAUUCUGCUGUGUCCAGAAGCGGCAGUAUGCGGCCCGCUUCAGCAUACCGCGGCGGUACCGCCUCACGGCUGUCAACAGCUGGUCUCGGCCCAGCCCCGCCGACAGCUGCUAGACAAUCGACCGCCAUGACUGGCUUUUCUAUGAUCGACCGGCCAAUAACCCAGCAAGGCAUCUCUGGUCUCCGCACUGGCACGGCCCGUGGCUUCCGAACCCGUCAACUCCAAGACAAGCGUUAUUGGGAAGAGCUGAUGCAAGUCAAAGUGAGGGAGAUGAAGGCUGAGAUAGCGAGACUGAGCGAGCAAGCUGACGCUGGCGAGAGGGAGAAGUCAGCGAAGAAGCAUUAUGAGAAGCGGGUGAAGGAUUUGGCACAGGAACUAACUGAUCUCCAAGGACGUCUCUCAGACUACAACACAGCCAUCCGUAUAGCCAAUGGUGAAGCUUCAAAGCAUUCCGUGGAAGAACAGACCAGGGAGCUAGAACUUAGCAAUAAGAAACUGCAAGAGGAGGUGGAACAGGUGUUUCUUGAGAAACAGAGGAAGGAGAAUCAGCUGCGGCAGCUGAGGGAACAGAUGGAGAAGGAGCAAUCAACUAUAUCAAAAUUACUAUCAGAAAUGACCCCCGAACAGAAGGGUCAGUACAAUGAGCUGGAAACCACAGCUGCAGGUUUGAGAGAAGAAGUAGAACAGUCCAGGACUCAGAUUGAUCUGUUGACUAAAGAAAAGGAUCAGUUUAGCAAGGAGAUUUCGGGAUCACAGAUAAAACUACAUUUGCUUGAGCUGUAUCGACGUUUAGCAACUGCAGAAGAGAAGCGAGACAAUCUAAAGAAUGAGAUGAACAAUCGCUUGGACCCACAAGAGGAAAGAGAAAAACUUUUGCAACAGGUGAGAGAAGAUAACGCAUCGAUCCAGUCUCUUGACAGCAACGCUGCUAGCCUGAAAGAACAGAUACGAAAGGUUCAAGAACUGAUCGAGGAGGCGGAACAGGACUUAGAGGAAGGUAACUCUGAGCGUCAUCAAAAAUACAGAGAACUCAAAAAACGAGAGGAAACCAUGGACAAUUUCAUGUCUACCUACGAAGAAAACCUCAAAAAAGAACAAGACCGCAUCGAACAGUUGGAAAAAGAUAUUGUUUUCGCCCUAGAACAUAGCAGUUCUAAUAUUGACCUGGAUCUGAGUGAGCUGGACUCUUUGAAGCAGAAGGAGGGGUAUACCUCGGCGUAUGAUGAGGGGAAGAGAUCGAUGGAGACUUUGAUGAAGGACUAUGAGAGGUUCCAGACUAAUUUGAAAAAGGCUGAAUCCACCCGUGAACGCCUAGCCACCGAGCUUCAAACCUUACCAGAGAAAACUCAAGCCAUGCAGGAAGAACUCGUCACCUUAUCAGACUUGGAGAGGCUUCGGGACGAAGGCGAGGAACAAAAGAAAGCGCUGGAGACUGAAAUACAGGUGUUGAAGGAGAAGUUAGCGCCGACUGAAAGCGCGGUGACGGAGGCUGCUAGUAAACUGAAGAAAUUGCAGCAAAGCCUCGACGGCAACGAAAUGUACGCCAAACUGAACAAGCUAGAAGACCAACUAGCUCAACUAGAAGACCGGAAGACUGUUCUAGAAGAAGACAUUGCUUCUAUAACGAUGAAGGGAGACUAUGAGCCUAUAAAGAAGAAGGCUUUGGAUGAACUGGCCGAGUUGAAUAGGAAGAUCAUUGAGGAUUUGAACUCUGGGAAAUCUUAUUAGUUUUGACCGACCAAUCCAUACCACAGUAUAAUAAAGAGUACUAUCGUACAGUAUGGCCACUCCCGCUCCCCGCUGAAAGUGCCGCCCACCCCCUCUCGGUUACCACACAUUUACUGCCUGUCAAAACCGCAAACACCUGACCUGUCAUAUCUCACUCAUACAAGCAUUGUACGCGUUCACCUACAUGAGCUUAGAAGCGCCUCUUUCAUAUAUUGGUCACCAGUGUUCGAGGUGUGUCCAUACUAAUAUUAUAAACGGGGUGUUUGUGUCUGUUUGUUUGUCCGUCUUUGACGGCAAAAUGGAGCGACGAAUUGUCUUGAUCAUGUCGAGAAUGAGAGUGAGCGGUCUAUCGCUCGGCUACGAACUAUAACUCGCUCACGUUUUAUCUGCAACUAUUCAUGCUUACUGUACAUUUUUGUAGUUUUAACUACUUACAAUAACAAUAUUUAAUUAUAAGGGUGA